AUGCAGUUCCUUGCUCUUCUCCGUAUACUAUUCCGUUUCACAAUGAUGACGAACAAUCUUCGCCAACAAUUCGCGUGCGACAAGGCGAUCGCCGCGCGCUUCAACGACCUCGAUCAGCGCAAUAUUGUACAGUGCCAAUACAUCUGGAUCGAUGGUACCGGCGAGAACCUGCGAUGCAAAACGCGCUCCAUCGACUUUGUGCCCAAGAGCCCCGAUGAGCUGCCGAUCUGGAACUUUGACGGAAGCUCGACUGGCCAGGCCGAAGGAGCCGACUCCGAUGUGUACAUCAAGCCUGUCGCCAUCUAUCCGGACCCUUUUCGUCGCGGGAAUAACAAGCUGGUGAUGUGCGAGACGUUGGACAACAAGAAGCAGCCAACCGCCAGCAGCCACCGCCGUAAAUGCAAGGAGAUGAUGGACAAGGCGAAGGAUCUGCAUCCCUGGUUCGGCAUGGAACAAGAGUACACGCUGUGCGACAUCGACGGUCACCCUUUCGGAUGGCCGAAAAACGGAUUCCCCGGACCCCAGGGCCCCUACUACUGCGGCGUCGGCGCGAACAAGGUGUACGGCCGUGACAUCGUCGAAGCUCAUUACCGCGCGUGUAUCUACGCUGGCAUCAAGAUCUCUGGCGAGAACGCUGAAGUCAUGCCCGGACAAUGGGAAUUCCAGGUCGGACCUUGCGAGGGCAUCGAAAUGGGCGACCAGCUGUGGAUUGCACGCUUCCUGCUUCACCGUGUCGCCGAGGAAUUCGGAGUGCUGGCCUCGCUCGACCCGAAGCCAAUCAAGGGCGACUGGAACGGUGCCGGUUGCCACACGAACUUCUCAACGCAGCCGAUGCGCGAGGAGGGCGGUCUGAACGAAAUCAUCGAGGCCAUCAAUCGG